GACAGCAAUGGAUGUACGGAUUAUUUCAGUCUUAUUCAAUCCUUGUGUGAGAGGGUUUUUUUUUUGUAUUUUAGUAGGGGGAAAGUCUGCUAUUAACCAUAAUGUAGUGAACAACUUAGUGGGAAAGAAUCCAGGGUUGUCAGAAAUUCUGCCCUAAUUUAUCCCGUCCUUUAAGCUGUCACUUUGAUAAGCACAAGCUGAAAACAAAUGUUUCCAAAAAUGGCUUGACAGAUGUAGGUAUUCUGCGAACUCCAUUCCUCAAGCUGAUAUAAAUGUAAUAGAAGGUGAGAUCAUUUAACUUUUACAAAGAAGCUUUUACAAAUCCUCACCAUCUCCUGUUCCCUUGGCCACCUGCAGUAAGUUGUUGUUGCUACAACCUACAACUGAGAGAUACGAUGUGUGAUGAAGAUGAAACCACUGCUCUUGUAUGUGAUAAUGGCUCUGGGCUUUGCAAAGCUGGCUUUGCAGGGGAUGAUGCACCAAGGGCUGUUUUUCCAUCGAUCGUUGGACGUCCUCGACACCAGGGUGUUAUGGUAGGAAUGGGUCAAAAAGACAGUUACGUUGGGGAUGAAGCCCAGAGUAAAAGAGGGAUCCUGACACUGAAAUACCCCAUUGAGCAUGGGAUCAUCACUAACUGGGAUGACAUGGAAAAGAUUUGGCAUCAUUCUUUCUAUAAUGAACUUCGUGUUGCCCCAGAAGAGCAUCCUGUGCUGCUGACUGAGGCCCCCUUAAAUCCUAAGGCUAACCGGGAAAAAAUGACUCAGAUCAUGUUUGAGACAUUCAAUGUACCUGCUAUGUAUGUAGCAAUUCAGGCAGUUCUUUCUCUAUAUGCAUCUGGUCGAACCACUGGAAUUGUUCUGGACUCUGGGGAUGGUGUCACACACAAUGUACCCAUCUAUGAAGGUUAUGCUUUGCCCCACGCCAUCAUGAGGCUGGACCUGGCAGGCAGAGACCUCACUGAUUAUCUCAUGAAAAUUCUCACAGAAAGAGGAUAUUCUUUCGUCACCACUGCGGAGCGUGAAAUUGUGCGGGACAUAAAGGAGAAGCUUUGCUAUGUGGCUUUGGAUUUUGAGAAUGAAAUGGCAACAGCCGCUUCCUCCUCUUCUCUUGAGAAGAGUUAUGAGCUUCCUGAUGGGCAAGUCAUCACCAUUGGGAAUGAAAGAUUCCGAUGCCCAGAAACUCUCUUCCAACCUUCAUUCAUAGGAAUGGAAUCUGCAGGUGUUCAUGAAACCACUUAUAACAGCAUUAUGAAAUGUGAUAUUGACAUACGUAAGGAUCUCUAUGCUAAUAAUGUGCUCUCUGGGGGAACAACAAUGUACCCUGGUAUUGGUGAUCGCAUGCAGAAAGAGAUCACAGCUUUGGCUCCAAGUACUAUGAAGAUUAAGAUGAUCGCACCACCAGAACGUAAAUACUCUGUCUGGAUUGGGGGCUCAAUCUUGGCUUCUCUGUCUACCUUCCAGCAAAUGUGGAUCAGCAAAGAUGAAUACGAGGAAGCUGGUCCUUCCAUUGUCCAUCGCAAAUGCUUUUGAGUACACUCAUGAUGUGCCAUCAAUGAUAAGUAACGGUGGUUCUCUACACCACAUUCCCCCUUGUGGGAAGUACAUGCUUUAGGCUUCCUUCUAUUGCUUAUUAAAACACAAUAAAUGGUUAUCAUGCCAAUUAGUAUAUUGUUUGUCUUGUUUCUGAACGAGGAAAAGACACUGUAAUUUAACAUGCAAUUGACAGAUGCCUUCCAAGAGUAAUUAUAGCAAUAAAACAAUAAAUUCUGUAGAACUUUUCCUUCAUGAAACUCAGAGCAUUUUAGAAACAUUCAUGAGUUAAACCUCACAAAGUUGCUGUGGUGUUGAUCAGUAUUAUUACCCUCUUUUACUGAUGGAGAAUCUGAAGUGCACAAAAAUUAAAUGGUUUCUCCAAACAUAUAGGUAAAAAUUCUCCCCUUGUGCAGAGACCCUGCACAAAGUCUAUGCACCCUGUAAGCGUUGUUUUGAGUAUUAUAUGAUGCAUAGCUUUUUUGCUGUCCCUCUGUAUAGGGAUGAAUUUCACCACAGUGAGAAAGUGGCAGACACAGCAAAUUUGGAUGGAUCUAAAGUGCAAAGUCCUUUGUGCAGAAGUUGCAUAUAAUCUUUUCCUUUGCUUCCCAUGAUUGUUUGGCAGGAACCCAUGCUACCGGUCAUGAGUGUCAACAAACUGUAGUGGUUUUGUGCCGUAAUUACAUGUACCAGAUUAAUUUACCUGUCACACAUUGUUCUGCUUACAUGUCUCUUUUUUUAGCAGUUAAUUGAUUUUAAUUAACUUGCUACCACUGUCCUUCUUAUGCCAAAGAAAUGAAUACUGAGUAAAUAAGAAGACUUUCAAAUGUGUUAUCAAACUCUUCUGGUUUAAUGGAUCAAUAAAAGUGUAAUUAUCCAUGCUAAAGUGAUUUACUUUAAUUAUAUAGUGACC